GCGACAAAGGCUUCAUUCACCCCACCUCGUCUUCACCUGCUGUGCCCUCUUGGCUCGACGGGUUCUCUCUCGCUUGGUGUGAGAUGAUGGAGGAGAGGAGCUCCAUCGCAAGCUCGGCCGAGUACCAGAGCUUCCGCUCAACGGUUCCCAAGCGACGGGUGGACGUGGAUUAUAUGGGAAAGGAGUACACAUGGAAGAUCUUCGAUUACGGACCCAAGACAACGCCGGCGCCAGUGCUCUUCUUCCCUCCCGUCACUGGCACAGCCGAUGUCUACUUUCAACAGCUCAUCAGCCUCACGGGCGAAGGAUAUCGAUGCAUCUCGAUGGACUACCCAGUGACAUGGAGCAUCGAUGAGUUUGUUGGGGUCACGCUCACAUUUCUUCAGCAGUUCGGCUUGAAUAAGGUACACAUUGUUGGCGCGUCGCUAGGUGCCUUCCUUGCCCAAAAACUGGCGGAACUGACAAAGGAGUACCGGCUCGUGCAGUCGCUGACGCUGAUCAACGGCUUCACCGACACAGCCGCCUUCAAGUCGGCGCCGUCCGCACUAGUUGUCCAGUUCCUGCCUGGCUUUAUGCUGAAGCGUAUGCUGAUGCAAAACUUCCCACAGGGCCGCCUCCACACUGACGUCGCCAACAGCAUCGACUUUAUCGUGGAGCAGCUUGAAACUUUAACACAGCCAGAGCUCGCAUCGCGGCUCAACCUCAACAUUAAGCCGUCCUACGUCGAUCCACGGCCCAUCCUCGACCAACACAUUCCCGUGAUGAUUGUUGAGGUGCAGGACAAGUGCGCCAUUUCUUCAAACGUGCGUCUGGAGAUGCUCAAGUACUAUCCGGACGCCCGCAUCGCCCAUCUCAAGCAUGGCGGCAACUUCCCGUAUCUCGCCGUCUCCUCCGAAGUGGACAUGUUUAUCAAGAUUCAUCUGCGCCAGUUUUACGGCACGCCUGCGUCGCCAACGAGUGACAGCGAGCUCAACGACAUGUUCAAGAAGCAAGCGAGCGGUGCGGCGACGGCGGAAGCAAGCGACUCGGAACAGACGGCCUCGCAUGCAGCAUCGCCCCCAGCACACAAGCAGCGCCAAGAGCGCGCGCCUGCUGACGCCAAGCCGGUCAAGUCACGUGGGAUGUUUGACAGUGAUGAUGACGAUGACGAUGACAAUGAAGAUGAUGAGACGUUUUAGGACAGUCGCGUGUUGAUCCUCUGUGGUGUGGUGAUGUAUGCGUGUGUUUUUCAUGUUGUUGAGUUGUGUUCAGUUGUAUUGGCUCGCCCAGCUCUCGAGCGCCCAACACAACGGUCCUGGCUCCUUCCUUCCUGCCAGCCCUUGCGCUAGCGCUCGUCCAUUGCCUUUGUUAUCACACUUGUCAUGCGGUUUACUGCACUGACACACACAAGCCUACUUCAUCAGAUUGUUAUGCAGCAGUUUCGAUGCUUGUGUGAUGUUCCCUCGAGCCUCUUCCCUCUGCUCGUUCGCGUGUCGUUUUCUGCGCACGUGCCCCUGCAACGUGCAUACCUGCACGUGCCUUCAAUUUGGAUUUGCAAUCCACCCACCACUGCCCUCCACGCAUACCCACCCUCGCCUCACUGUGCACAUAUAUGACGCGUGCUUCGCCCCCCUCCCCCUUGCCCUACACAUGUUAUCCUUCUUCUUCAUCCUUUGAUCGCACCUUUCUGCAUUGCGAUGACACCCACCCCUCCUUGCCUCACCUCGAAUGAGCGCACAGCCGCGUUUUGUACAGUGCUGCUGGCCCAUUCCUGUCUAUGUAUACCUGACUGGUUGACCUUCUUUCUUCCUUCCUUCUUUCUUCCUUUCUUGCCUCUGAUUGAUUGACGACUUGAGCGUACCCGCGUAUAAUGAAACGAACCAAACAAAUACAGCAACACAGC